AUGACGAUACUCGGGCUGCCCAAGCAUGCAGCGGAGAAGCACUUAGGGUCUCGUUUCACUGGGUGGCGAUUCGGCGUGCUGAACUUCGCGAUCUGGGCUACAGUCGUAUUCGUCAUGAACUUCGUGGGCAUGAUAUUAGGUUUUGCUGCCACCUCCGGCUCCAAAGGUGUCUUCUUCGAUGGGGAUUGCGAUCGCGUCGAAACGCUCAAUACAGGCCUCCAUUUAGGCAUCAACAUUCUGAGUACGAUCCUUCUCGCUGGGAGCAACUAUACGAUGCAAUGUCUGUCUGCACCCACGAGAAGCGAUAUUGAUGCUGCCCAUGGGCGCAAGCCUGGUAUGUACCUCGAUAUCGGUGUACCUAGCAUACGCAACCUCGGACAUAUCAGCCGGCGCAGAACCGUUCUAUGGGCGGCACUGGCGCUCUCAUCCCUGCCGUUACAUCUCCUUUACAAUUCUGCGGUGUUUGGUUCAGUUUCUUCGAAUAGCUACUAUGUCUUCUCUGUCGGCCGAGGGUUUCUGGACGGUGAACAAUGCUUGAACUGCGGAGAACAAAACAAUCCGGAUAUCGGUUACUCGUUUAGAGACGGAAAGCCGAGGGUAACAUGGCUUAAUACUAAACCCGGCGAAAUCCCAUCCGUACUUGAAAGCCUUUGGAACAAGGCACGUGCCGGCCAACUCGAACGGCUUGAGCGCAGCAGUUGCAUCGACCUAUAUGCCACAAGCAUACAAUCCAACCGACGAAAUCUUCUUCUGGUUCACGACGAUCGCUCAUUCCCUCCGCCAACGGAGAACCAAUUCAUAAAUGGGUCGCACGUCUACUGGGCUGGCGAGUUCAACGCGUUUUACGCGGCGGAUACUUACCAAGCUACUCAUCAAUACGACUGGAUAUGCUCCGCUUCGCACGACGUACUGACACCAUGCUCAGUCAGAUUUAAGGAUGCUAAACAGCAAGUUGAAUGGCGGGUUGGGUGGCUCUGUGAUGGUGAUAGUCGUUGUGACUUGUCACGUUCGGCGGUGGAAUAUUGCCUGAGCGAGCCGGCUCCACAAUACUGCAAACUUCAUUUCGAGCCUACUAUCACAACUAUCAUCACGAUUCUCAACCUCUUCAAAGCAGGUCUCAUGUUCUACGUUGCCUUUUCUGUUCAAGAUGAGCCGCUCAUGACCAUGGGCGACGCCGUCGCCUCAUUUCUAGAAAACGAGGAUCUCACAACGAAGAACAUGUGUUUGUCUACUCAAGUCGACUUUCGAAACCGCACAGGAUACCAGGUUGGACCACGACAAUGGACUAACGAGAGAUUUCGCUGGAAAGACGUGACCAGUACAUCGCGCAAAAUCAUCACUGUAGUUAUAUUUCUACUGGCCCUAAUUACAGUGAUGGUCUUGCUCAAGAUUGGAAUCGACAAUCUACCCAGUGACACUAAUUUCGAUGAAUUUGCACUUGGUGCUGUAGAUCCUCGCACAUCCAUCAUGUAUAUGCCAGCGGAUUUGAUCAGCAAUGCCAUUAUCGCCAACACGCCUCAGCUGGUCCUCUCCGUUCUUUACUUCUCCUACAAUGGUCUCUUCACCGCCAUGCUCAUGGGAUACGAAUGGAUAUCUUAUGCACGCAAGCGCAAGGGUCUCCGUGUAACUCGUCAACCAUCCGGUGCCCAACGGUCGACAUACUUCCUUUCGCUACCCUAUCGCUUCGGUAUACCUCUUAUGGUUGUUAGUGGUAUACUGCACUGGCUAGUUUCGCAAAGCAUUUUCUUGAUUGCCAUCGACUUCUACGAUGCUUUUGGCAAUCCGGCAGCUAGACCGCCACCAGGAAACAUCGCGUGGGACUACAAAACUUUGGGUUACUCUCCGUCAGGCGCUAUUGCAGUGUUAGUGCUGGGUGGACUUUUGGUCAUCAGUAUAAUUACUGCGGGAUACAUACCAUAUAAGCGCGGUAUGCCACUUGCGGGUAGCUGCAGUAUGGCCAUUAGCGCAGCUUGUCAUCCGAUAGAGCAAGUUGAUGGCUGUGAGGAUAUUGCCGAGAAGAAGCUGCAGUGGGGCGUAGCCAAUACGGGCGUUGACGGGAUAGGGCAUUGCGCCUUUUCGGCAGAGGAGGUGGGGGUAGUAGUGGCAGGUAAAAUCUACGGCGGGCAUGCGCCAUAG